ACCUUCGACGAUUCACAAUGGCUUCCCCCGCUGGUGAGACUGUGACUAUCUCCAUCCGACGUCCUAUCGACGACCCUAUCUACCUGGCAGGCACCUUCUCCGAUCCUCAAUGGGAACCUAUCGAGCUGAACUCCAAACCCGUCGACACUGAGCCCGAUGAGGAUGGACUGAUCUCCACCGAAUAUCUAUUCUGGCACGACCUGACCUUGCCGCCCGGCCAACAUCAAUACAGAUUCCGUGAGGGGAAAAAAGGCCCGUGGUUUCAUGAUGAAGCUGCGAAGCAUGGUAUGCAUUUCCGCACCCGGUUGUGAUUGACCUCUGCGCCGUAGCUCAGGGUUGCGAGCUUCAGGUUUGGUGAUUCG